UCCAUUUAGUGCGCUGGACGCAGAAAGUUGUUCCUCCAAUUAACCUGAACCAUUCAAUUCAAUUUCUUCUUUAUUAAUUUAAUAAACAUGUCGGCAUUUGAACUGAAUAACUUAAAUGAAUGUUUGGAACAGCAUUUACCUGAGGCUGAACUCAAGGAGGUGAAGCGAAUUCUGUAUGGCGUUGAAGAAGACCAAACACUGGAGCUACCUUCCAGUGCCACAGAUAUCGCUCAAGAGAAUGGAUUUGACAUCAAGGGCUAUCGCUUCAAGGCGCGAGAUGAGCAAACUCGAAAGCGCCGAAUAGUUAGGGUUGGUGCCAUUCAAAACUCGAUCGCGAUUCCCACUACAGAGCCCAUUGAAAAGCAACGGGAAGCUAUUUGGAACAAGGUCAAGACCAUGAUCAAGGCGGCAGCGGAGGCCGGAUGCAAUAUUAUUUGCACACAGGAAGCGUGGACUAUGCCAUUUGCAUUCUGCACUCGAGAGAAGUUUCCCUGGUGCGAGUUCGCUGAGGAGGCCGAAAAUGGUCCCACGACCAAGAUGCUUGCUGAACUGGCCAAGGCCUACAAUAUGGUUAUAAUUCACUCGAUCCUGGAGCGUGAUGUGGAGCACGGCGAGACGAUCUGGAAUACGGCAGUUGUUAUUUCGAACAGCGGUCGUUACAUGGGAAAGCAUCGCAAGAACCACAUUCCCCGGGUGGGUGACUUCAACGAAUCCACUUACUACAUGGAGGGCAACACCGGUCAUCCGGUCUUCGAGACGGAGUUCGGAAAACUGGCCAUAAACAUCUGCUAUGGACGCCAUCAUCCGCAAAACUGGAUGAUGUUCGGCCUGAAUGGAGCGGAGAUAGUCUUCAAUCCCUCGGCAACGAUCGGUCGCCUAUCGGAGCCACUUUGGAGCAUCGAGGCCCGCAAUGCUGCCAUUGCCAAUAGCUACUUCACAGUUCCGAUAAAUCGCGUGGGAACUGAACAGUUCCCCAACGAGUACACCUCCGGUGAUGGAAACAAGGCUCACAAGGAGUUCGGACCCUUCUACGGAUCCUCGUAUGUCGCUGCUCCAGACGGUUCAAGGACACCGAGCUUGUCCCGGAAUAAGGAUGGCUUACUGGUCGUCGAACUCGAUUUGAACCUCUGUCGCCAGGUGAAGGACUUCUGGGGUUUCCGCAUGACCCAACGAAUUCCUCUUUACGCUGAAUCUUUUCAAAAGGCUUCGGAACAUAACUUUAAACCUCAGAUCAUAAAGGAAAAUUAGUAAUUCAAUUUGUACAUAAUUAUAAUUGCUUAAGCAAUUUAAUCAACUGGGAGAAAGUCUUUACAAGAAAACUACCGUUUGUGUAAAUCUUUUAAUAAAGGUAAACUCAUCUUUGAAAAUGAUAGAAAAUUAAAAAUAUUUUUUUUAAUAAAGUAUUUUCUACUCCA